AGUUAGGUUUGACCCUCUCUUUCUCAUUGGGAUUCAAGGGAGUGGUAUUUGUGUGUAGUUGAGUUUAGCAGAAUGUUACACUACGUUGGACUAGGACUUAAAUUUGGGUUGUUGCUAGCUACAAUCAUGGUUAACUCAGCCAUGGCAGAUUCAGCUAAAGACAAAGAGGAGUGCACACAGCAACUAGCAGGGCUGGCCACAUGUCUGCCUUAUGUUGGGGGAGAAGCUAAAGCUCCAACACCGGACUGCUGCAGUGGUCUCAAAAAAGUUCUCAAGAGCAACAAGAAGUGUUUGUGCGUUAUAAUUAAAGAUAGAAAUGACCCUGACCUAGGUCUUAAUAUCAAUGUUACACUUGCUUUGGCUUUGCCUUCUGUUUGCAAUGCUCCUGCCAAUGUUUCCAAGUGUCCUGAGCUUUUACACAUGGACCCAAAUUCCCCAGAAGCUCAAGUUUUCUACGGUGGUGCACAUAGCCCUGCUCCUAGUGCCAGUGUGGUAGGGAAUCCCGUAAGUUAUAGCCAGGGGGCAAAUAUGCCACAGAAGGGAGAUGGGAGGAAAGGAUUGGAGAUUGUUACCGGAUGGACUGUGCUUUGGCAUUUCGUGGGUUUCUUUUUCUUCAUAUAAGCCGGAUAUUAUUCGGACUGUCAUCAAGUAGCUGUUUAUUUAAUUAAUUAUGCUGUUAGCCCCGCUCCUAUUAAUUCAGUAUUUGAAUGGUUUAUCACCAAAAUAGUUAUUCAGUAUUUGUAACCUUUUUUCCCCAAAAUAAUAGACAGAUUUUGAUUAGUAA